UGCGGGGCCGGCGGGGAGCCCUGCGCGGUGCCCUAGCGCGGCCGCUCCACGCGGGACGGCGGCGGGCGGCUCCCCACCCUUUUUUUUUUUUUUUUUUUUUUUUUUUUUUUUUUCUUUCUCCCUCUUUUAUUUACCCUCCUCCCUCCUUUUUCCUUUCUUUUUUAAGGCAGCGGAGACAAGUCAAGUUUCAUCUUGAUGUUGCUGCGGGAGUCUCGGUAAAUGUCCAUCUGUCUAAAGAGCGUGAUGCAAAGGACAUUUUUGAAAAGGAGCCUUUUAACUCCGUAGACACGUAGGGACCCAUUCACGGGCAGGCACACACACGCGAGGAGGAAGAAGAAGAAGCAACUUCACGAUCGCUGCUUUUAAAAGGGAGAAGCUUUUUCCCUGGCUGGGACUUGCCUUCUGCCUCCUCAACCAGCUGCUAAAAGUAUGUUUCCGAGGCGGACUGCACUUCAGGGAACUUCUAUUUUCUGCUCGGCAGCUGUAGAGGAGCAGCAGCGAAGUUUGGAGUAACACCAAGUGAUGCGGGAAAAACACCCCGAGAGCAGAACACCCUCCUGCAGACACAACCCCUGCUGCUGUACACAGGUUGAUCAUGGUUGCCGUGACCCGCUCGCUCCUGGCGCUGCUGCUCUGCCAGGCGCUGCUGGGCGGCGCGGCCGGGCUCAUGCCGGAGGUGGGUCGGCGGCGCUUCAGCGAGCCGGGCCGCGCCGCCUCGGCCGCGCAGCGCCCCGAGGACCUGCUCAGCGAGUUCGAGCUGCGCCUGCUCCACAUGUUCGGGCUGAAGCGGCGGCCCAGCCCCGGCAAGGACGUCGUCAUCCCGCCCUACAUGCUGGACCUCUACCGCCUGCACGCGGGGCAGCAGCUGGGGCAGCCGGCGGCGCUGGGCUUUCCGCUGGAGCGGGCGGCCAGCCGCGCCAACACCGUCCGCAGCUUCCACCACGAAGAAGUUUUGGAAGAACUGCCAGAAACAAGUGGGAAAACAUCACGGCGUUUCUUCUUUAAUUUAACUUCCAUCCCUAAUGAGGAGUCUAUCACCUCAGCUGAACUCCAGAUUUUUCGGAAACAGGUGCACGGAGCCUUUGAGAACAACAGCAGCUACCAUCAUCGUAUUAAUAUUUAUGAAAUUAUAAAGCCAGCCACAGCCACCUCUAAGGACCCUGUCACAAGACUUUUGGACACCAGGAAUACAAGGGGAAAACCGGGAAAGGACAGAAAGGAUGGAGGAGCCCCACUUGUGCCUGGCUGCUGGGGACUUGUCAGUCUGACUCCUGCUCCAAGCCCUUCCUUCAGACUUCUGCCUGACCUCAGGUGGGAAGCAUCACCUUGGAUGAGCCAGGCACCUGUAAAAUUGCUUACUAAGGUAUGUGCUCCCAAAUUCAAGGCAUGGAAAACCCAAGGCUUUCAUAACAAAAUGUGGAAAACCCCCAACAAAUACUCCAACACUCCCUUUCAGGCCACACCCCAAAAGCAAGAGAGACUAUAAUGGACAAAUCCUCCUCUGGCAAGGGGCCAGAGCACCUCUUGCCCAGUCCCAACCUACUUCACCCCAUGCAAAAUCCCUGUGGGAGCAGGCUGGCAUGGCCCAGACACUCGGUGGCAUUGUCCUUUUGCUCAUGGCAGCAAUGCCAGCUCAUGGUUAGCGUCUCGAUGUCUGGCCAAAGCACAUGGCAGACGGCUGUCUGAACCUGGGACCUGGGAAAAUGGGGAUAACAUCAGGAAAAAACAAAAACAUCUUACAUACCUACUGCUCCCAUCUCAUCCCGCUCUGGGAGAUGCCUCCUUGCCGUGGACUGAGUCAGCACCUGGUCUUGUGGUCCCUCAGCUCUCCAUGGAGCUGCUGCCUGCUCCAGGCUUGGGGCUCUUGGCACGUGGCAUUCCAUAUGCUGUGUCCCAUCUGCUGCACAGCCAGCACUGGGAGCAGUGGUGUGGCUAUUUCCACCCUGUUUGGGCUGGUUUGGCCCACCUGUGUGUGUGAAUGCAGCUCCCCAGCGGGUCAGGAUGGAGCAACAGCCCCUGUCCCUACCCUUUGAAAAAUCUCCCCAGAUGUUCAUGGGAUCUUAGGUUACCACAAAGUAUCUGCCUGGAUCUGGGCCUUGAUUCUCCACUCUGUAGCUUUAUUCCAGGCUGGCUGGGGCAGCGCCUCUCCCUCAGAGACCACAACUGACAGUUCUCCUCUCAGGGAGAGGGAGGAAUGGGGCAGUGGUUGCAUUUUGAGGGUGGGGAGAGGGAAAGGCUUUUUGAGGCCAUGGGGCAGCUGCAGGGCUGGUGAGGAUGAUCAGGAAUCACCUUCUUUCUCCUUCUCUGGGUGGGAUGGUGAGGUGGAUGUCUCACCUCUGCCAGCUGUAACAAACACAGGGGGCUGAGCUCCAGCAGUAGAUGUGUCACCUCCUCCACCUGCUCCACUGGUGAGAGUGGCUUCAUUCUGCAAAAUAAGCACAAACAGAGAAGCUGAAAUUGCCAAGUGGGAAUUCAGUUUGUGUUCAUGCUGAGAGCUGGCCAAAGAAGGAGAAAACAUCCAUCUCAGGAGGCAAGAUUUGGACACUUGGCUUCACGUUUUGGUAUGUUCAAACGUGAUCUGUCAACUCCCAUCAAGGGAAACAAGGAAGAACAAACAACCCAGCAGUCUGCUAAAGUGAGGGCUGCCAUGGCUAGAAAGUUCAUGAAGCGCAUGGCUAAAAAUAGAUUAGUCUGAACUCACGAUGUGAACAGAAAUCCACACUCCACAACUGGAUAUUGUGGGGUUCCUUUCUCUCUUGCUGUGCUAAAUCUUGGAGCAUUGGGAAGUGAAAUGCAAAAACAGCUCUUAAAAGUAAUAAUAAUCCUCCUACCAAAAUUAAAGCUCAGUUGUGCAACUUUCACGUUCCUCAGCCUUUUGUGUUUGAGAAAAUUUAUGGUAAGGAUUUUACUUACCUGAGCUUUGGAUGUCUCCAAUAUUAGUAGGCCACAAAUGAAUUGAGUGGAUGAUGCAAAAAUGAGUGCCAAUAAAAUAUUUACACCAAUUCU